AUGUCGUCUGUCACCAACGCCCUCUCUGGUGCUUUUGACAACAUACACGCCAUCAGCGACGCAAAGAAUGUUCUUUUCGGACGACAGGAUAACAACAACAACAAUAACAACAAUGCACCACAGAGCUCAAACAAGCCCACACCAACACAAAGUGGUAACAACAACAACAACAACAACAACAACGACGACAAGGCGUCAACCACAGCGAACGCAAGCGGCUCAGGGAAGGCUUCAGGUUCGGGAGGCAAAACUACAGCCAAGCCCAACAAGACCUACGACCCCCGGUUACCAGCCGGAGGUAUCUCCAUGGUCACCCCCAACGCUCUUGCUGGCGAUCAGUUCUACAAGGUUGGCCAAUACGUUACGUUCGCCUGGAACUACACAUCACUCUCCGUCACCCCGUCUGCCAUCGACAUCCUCGCCUCGUGCUCGGCUAACCAGGCUACAUACACCAUCGCCGUCAACCAGUCAGCGCAGGAGACCAAGAUCGUAUGGGACACGAAGAACACGCCAGAUGGCCAGCCACCGUUCCUGACUGAGAAGUACACCCUCAUCAUCUACGAUGCCGAGUCAAGUGUCACUGCUGCGCCUCGUGCCGGAUAUCUCGGAGCCUUCAACCAGUUCACCUUUGGCAUGUACACACCGCAGCCUUACGUGCCCUGGAAUGAAUACCAAUGCGCAAACUGUGUCAAGAACGGCGGCCUGUCCCUCUCCGAGAAGAGCGCACUCAAGGUUAUGCUCAUCACCUCCGGCACGACCGUCGCCUCCCUCGUCUACUUCGCCCCACAACUUCGGGCUAUGGUAGUCCCGAAUCGAACCUCGCACCUCGUACACUCUCCGAUUUACGACGCACGGCAUUCCUUUACACUUCACACCUGUCCAUAUAUACACACUCCUUUACGUGAUUUGAAAGAAAGCAUUGGGGCGCAAGCAACUGGCAUGGCGCAAACAUUCACAGUCCUUUGA